AUAUUUUCUGAGCGGGUGUGGUGCUGGGAUAGCAGAAUGUGAACGGAAUUACGGACCUCCAAAUAUAUAGAGUUGCGUUGGCGCACGCUGGAUUUCUGGGUGUACCUACUCAGAAAACCUGUGGGCUUCAAAGCAUAGUAGCAAGUAACAGAAUACUUGACAAAAGGAAAGAUAACAGUUGAACAUCACAUUUCCAAUUACAAACUUUAAAAAUAUGCAUCUAUUUAAUAUUAUUAGAAGAUCUGUCUUCCAAUUAGCAGCAUCAGAUGGGACAAAAAGGAGAUUAUUUUUAAUAAUGCCCAGCAGAGUCAUAACUUGUAGAACUUUGGUUUUGUCGGCUUGGUUGAACAAGGACUCCUCCCCAAGUGCUACUGAGAAACUAGAUUUGGAUGGAUGGAAACAUGUAGUGCGGUCUGCACAGCAAGAAGAAGCCACUGAAAGAACAUCACAGAGUGAAGAAGAUUCUUCUUUAGCGGUUACUAGGGAACUUAUUGAGAUGUGGAGACUGUCGGGCAGACUUGUUCCAGAAAAUAUUAGUGAAGAAGAGUUCAAGAUUUUAACUGAAUGUCCCACCAAGAGUUCCAUAAGGAAGUACUUAAAAUUCUUGGCUAUAAAAGAAAACAGGAAGAAAGCUGAAAGAGAAAAGAGAGAAAAACGAAAUGAAGCAAAGAAGGAACGAAUGCUAAACACUCAGGAAAAUGCUGGUGGUGAGCUAGAAAACACAUUUCUCCCUAAGCUUUGGGCUAGGUCACAGGAUGCUGCGUACAACUGGAGAGCAGCCCAAUCUAUGAUCUUUGGUCAGCCUCUGGUGUAUGAUAUGAACUACGAAAAUUAUAUGUCACGCAGAGAAAUGGAGAAUACAGUGAAACAGCUGAUGGAAUGUGAAGGGGCCAAUCGUAGAGCUUUGGACCCAUUUCACUUGCAUUAUUGUAAUCUCAAAGCAGGUAGUCCGUAUCACAAAGAAUUUGUCAAACGUUACGGAGAAGCAUGGGACAGGUUAUUUGUGACUGUGACAGAAAAGUCUUAUGUUGAAGUCUUUCCAAAAGAUCAACUUGUCUACUUAACUGCUGAUUCUCCCAAUGUGAUGAAAACAUUUGAGCAUGAUAAGAUAUAUAUAAUUGGAUCAAUAGUUGAUAAAUCAAUGAAGACUGGACUCUCCCUUGCUAAUGCAAAACGGCUGGACUUGGCAACAGCACGCCUUCCUUUGGAUAGGUGCUUGCAAUGGGGGGAAGGUGCCAAAAAUCUCACUCUGGAUCAGAUGAUGCGCAUCUUAUUAACUCUGAAAGAUACUGGGGAUUGGAGGGAAGCUCUGCAGUUUGUUCCACAAAGAAAACACGAAGGCUUUGUGGAAGUGUCUUCCUGGUCAAAGCAGCAAAUUGACACAUGGAAGAAAACAAAGUUGCAUGAAAAAAUGGCUGGUCAAAGAAAGGCACACAAGCAGUUUGCACAACAUUUUUCCAGGAGGCAAGCACAGAAAAACUGGUGGGAAGAUGUGUCUUAAUAGCAUCUCAGCCACCCAGUGUUUGACUGAUUGUAAGUUUGAAUUAAAUCAAGAUUUUACCUUAAGAUUUUAACUGCUUAAACUUUUCUCUAGCUCUCGAGUUGCAUGGUUUCAGCCAAAGUGACACAAGAACAUGCUUUUCUACAAAAAUGAAUGUGACAAAUUUAUUGCCUGUUAUUCAAUAUUCAGUGAUAAGUUCCAGAAGUUAUUCAAGAGCCCAGUAAUAUUAAAAUGCGACAGUGCAUGUUGUAACCUUCACUCCUUAACUACCCUAUUCUAGUAAGGGAAUUGGCUUUCAGCCUGUGGAUGCCAAAUGAACUUCCCUCACAAUACUUACCUAUAAGAUGAGGUCAUGAAAGUUUAUAUCAUUCACAAGCACCCUUGGCUUCAAAAGAGCCACAGAUGCUUAUGUCCAAGGUGUCAGUAGCCCAUACUUGGUAAAGCAAAAUAAUUUCUUAAGCCCCCACUGGCUAGCUCAGACCUGAAGCAACUGAGAGUUCAGCAGCAUGCUGCUGUUGCUGUAAUAGGAACAAUUUCUGAAUGCUAGGGCAGCACAUUGAAUUAUAUCUGCUUUAUAAAGUUGUUGGACAAGAAGACACCAACAUUUUCUGGUAAAUUGCAAAUAUGACCAUUGUAUUCAGGUAUUACCUAGACGUAUGUAAAUACGACCUUAGCUGUGGUAGCAUUGAAAAAUAAAUGGAAAUUUAUUUGA